CACCACAGCGAAACCUGAAUGUUACCCGACCAGGCUGAGAUAAGACCGGGUGAACUAAAACCUCCCUCGUCUUCUUGCUCGUCAUAUCUUUGAGCAACACCACAGAAGCGGUGACGGAGGCUAGAGUUUAAGCUUAUACCACGCAUCUUUAUUUGGAAUUAUUAUUGAAUGCCAGCUGAACUAUAGGCUACACUGUCUGUUUUGUAUCCCUCGUAGUUUAGUAACCCAUUAGCAAGUGACCCCUGUGUUGUGUUUGUUCUGCUGUUCAAACAGCUAAAUUCAGUCUAAAGAUAAACGAGCCGGUCAAUUUGAGCCGAGUCUCCAGCUGUUUGCCCUCGGUGUUCUGAGCUGACUGAGUCAUAGACCCAUGGCACUGUUGGGAGUGAAAGUCAUCGAGUUGGCAGGUCUGGCCCCUGCACCGUUCUGUGGCAUGAUCCUGGCAGACUUUGGAGCCACGGUGAUCCGUGUGGACCGCACCAAGGUUUUCUCAACUCUGGACACGCAAGCUCGCGGGAAACGGUCCGUUGCCCUCAACCUGAAAAUGCCAGAGGGUGUGGCUUUGCUCAGGCGGCUCUGCGUUCAGUCAGAUGUUGUCCUUGAGCCCUAUCGCAAAGGUGUUAUGGAGAAACUAGGCCUUGGUCCAAGAGAAUUACUUUCAGAAAAUCCUCGUCUGAUCUACGCUCGGUUGACGGGAUAUGGCCAGAGUGGGUGUUACGCUUCUGCAGCUGGACAUGACAUCAACUACCUCGCCAUGUCAGGCCUUUUGUCCCAACUGGGUCGGAGUGGAGAGAAGCCCUAUGCACCUUUGAAUCUAUUAGCAGAUUUUGCCGGUGGUGGUCUUACUUGUGCUCUGGGGAUCGUCUUAGCCCUGCUGGAGCGCACAAAGUCGGGGAAAGGACAGAUCAUUGACGCUAGCAUGGUGGAAGGAGCAGCGUUUACAGGUUCGUUUUUAUGGAAAUCUCGUAGACUUGGUUUCUGGAGUCGCCCCAGGGGAGAAAAUCUUUUGGACAGCGGAGCUCCCUUCUACGACACGUACAAGACUCUGGAUGGAAAAUACCUGGCUGUGGGCGCCAUAGAAACAGAGUUUUACAACCAGCUGCUUAAAGGCUUAGAAUUAGACGCUGGAGAGUUGCCCCCUCAGAUGAGUUUCAGCGAUUGGCCGGAGCUCAAGCAGCUCUUCACAGAGCGCUUCGCCUCAAAGACCCAGGCGGACUGGUUGAUGAUUUUUGACGGAACCGAUGCCUGCGUCACACCUGUGUUGUCUUUUGACCAGGUGAGCUCUCACCCUCACAACCGAGAAAGAGGCUCUUUCAUGAAGGACUCCAGCGGGGAGGAGUUCCCCCGGCCAUCUCCGGUUCUGUCUCGGACGCCCGCUGAGCCCUGUCUCGCUUCCGACCCAGCAGUAGGAGAACACACAGUCGAGGUCCUGCUGGACUACGGCUACACUUCAGCAGAGAUAGACGAGAUGCUAGCAGCUGGCGUUGUGCAGUGUAAUGCUGGAAAAGCAAAGCUGUAGAAGAAGAUAUCAAUAGACCUUUGAUAAUCAAGCUGAAAAACAAAAGGGGGACAUUUUAUUUCAGUAAUUUCAGUGAAGCUGAAAAAUUAAUUAUUGUAUGUAAGAGCUGCAAAACAUUAACAACAGGCAGGGAAAAAUCUUUCUGUGUUUGAGGCUGAAUCUAGGCUGGACUUUCUGAGUAACAUGACAUGAACGCUCUUACUUGUAAAGUAAGGGCCAUGCACUUCUCCCACAGGUUACCUGGAUAUCUUUUUAGUUUUUUAGUUCUACAAUUGAAAAUAAAUAUGCUAUUCUACAGCAAUACCUCACUUUUUAUUGCCUCUCUUGCCUUCUGAGUGCGUCGUUCUAAAAGACAGCCACCAUUGAAAUCACUCCGUCCUCAUGGGUGAUGCAUUACCCAGCUCUGGGUCAAAACAUGCCAAAAGAGAUUUGUGGGCCCAGCCUGAAAGACCAUAAAGCUGCAACAACACAAAUAACUAGUAACUUUUUUUUUCUUUUUUCUUUGGUGUUCUCUCUGAGUUUCUAGGUUUGUCAUCCUAAAGUGUGAUGUCCACCUACUCUGUCUGCUUUGUGCAGUAUGUCUCGGUAUCCAAUCGGUUGCAGAUGUAUUGUCUUCUCAAAACCAAUUUAGAUACAGCAGAUACUGAACUUAUCCACUGAAGUAGGACCAUUGUUACAAUGGACUGACUGUGCUAUAAUGAGAAGAAUUUAUCUCUUUUUUUUAUGGAGUUGAAUUGAUUGAUUGGAUUGAUUUUCUCAAAUUUUUUGAUCAGUAAUUAUUUUCAUUUAGAGAUGUGUAUUAUUUUUUUUGUCUGCCUCACUUAUUUUUGCUAAAGUCACCAGUUUGUUUAUACUAAUUGAUUGUUUUUAACUCAUUGGUGAUUCUGAUAGAUUUACUGUUAAUGUUAAAAAAAAAAAUCUCCUUUGUGUUAAUUAUUUGCCCCCAGAUAUUUAUACUUAUACAAUGGAAAACAUCACAAGUAAAACAAAAAUUUGUCAUUCAAAUUGUAGCAUCUUGUGGAGUUAUUUAGUGAUUAAUAACAAAAUAUCUACAAUUUUCCUAAUACAGUCCUAAGUAUAAUUGGGGUUUAUCACAAGUUCUGAUAACUGUAGCUGCAUUGUGAAAGUCAUUAGCUGGAGUAAGAAUGACUCCAGCUAAUUAACCCAAUUGGUGAAUGACUACAUUUACCAAUUGAGUUAGAUAAAAACAUUCACCACCAUUCUUUGACCGAUGCUCCUGCUCGGCUUCAAACUUUGCACAGUUUUCCUCUUUGAUCAAAAACAAGCUGUGUUUUUACCCAAUAGCUUUAUGAAUCUUUACGUGGAUCUUAUACUGCAAAGCAAAGAAGCAAUCAAUCCAGGAGAUGCUGAACAGGUGACAACAUUCCAUGCUAUAGUGUUACAAAUAAGUAACAUUGCAAGCAAGCAUUCAAACCUCACUAAUGAUAGAUUUUAAUAGUUUUAUGGGCUACAGUGGGCAAGCUGUGCAGAUACAAAAAAGAAGCCUUAUAGCUGGAGUCAAGGUUUUUCUUGAUACACUAGGGUAAUGUUUUAUUUGUAACUUACAGCUCCGGCUUCACUUCGGCAAUGCGUGUUUUUGGACAAGAAGUCGUGCGUGAGACUGCAUAUCACUCAUAAAGAAAAGAAAAAAAAAGAGACAUUGAUCUCAGAUCACCUUGGGAUUUAACUUUUUUAGUAUGUAUGCUUUUAAAUAAGUACAUUUAUUUAUUUAGUCCUUGAAAGUUUUUUUCAAUAGUUCUUUUGAUUGGAUUUUGGAGCUGAUAGUAUCACCAUGUACUAACUAUACUCUACCUGUCACUUUUUAUACCAUAAACUUGUGUGUGCAUGUGUGUGUAUAUAUAGAGUUAUAUAAAACACGGACAAAUGUAACAUAGCACUUACCAGCUAUAACAGUAUGAGGUUACGUAAAUCACAGAUGACUACCAUGAACAUAGUUCUUGAAUAAGUGGGGGAAAAAAAUGCAGAAAUGCUUCAGGAAUAGACAGAGGUAUGUAACAGACAUGGUGGUAUCUGCUCAUGACAGCUGUACAGCAGACAGCAAGCCUUAAGAAACCAAAUUAUAGCUAUCAUGUUUUACAAUUUCUGCAAUAUUUUUAACUGCAGCAAUGUUGUUGUUUUUUUGUUGUUGUUUUUCUGUGCUUCAGAGAAAUGCGUGGCCACAAAGUCAAUGAAAGGCAAAUAUAUAUAUAUUUAAAAAAAACUUUCUAAGACUUUACAGCAGAAAAAGUUUUUCCCUUGCUUUUAAUUUAGGGUGUGAGCACUUAGUCAGGAAGUAAUAUGUAGCAAGAUUAGGGAUAUCUGUAAACUCAUGAAGAGUAAAAACUGUAUGUCAAUAUAUUUAAAAGCACAAAGCUAAAUAAGCAAAAUGACUCAAGGCUGCCAUAAAAUAUUAAUGAAUUACUCCAGGGUGUACAUAUGUUUUACUUUUAAUUUGCUUGCUUGUUAGCAGCUGUGUAAUCUGGUUUGAAAUGUAAACACACUGUAAAUUCAUCUCUGCACAUCACCCAUGAGAUGGUAAACAGCAGGGCUUAAACAGGUUUGAACAUAAGGAGAGCAGGAGGAGUAGAGAGUGCUUUCUUUGUCAUUUUUAACACUUCAGUUCCAUUACUCAAAAGUUAAUUAAAGUUUGUGUUGAAAAACUUUCAUUUCAGCUCCUAUUGCUUGCUCAGUGAGCUUUUGUCUUUUUUUAUGUAUUUUCUUCCCAGUUGAUCACUUCUGGAAAAAAAACAUUCCUUAGUUUAGGAUUUCUGAAUUUUUCUUUGGUAUACCUUGGAAACGUAUAGUGAUACAAAAUGUAGACUCACUUUUCCAGCUCCUUUUUUUUUUUUUUAGAUGAAGGUCAGAGUUGCGGAUGGAUUCAAGGUUCAGGGGUGAGGAUUACGUUAUGGAUGAACUCUGGACCAUUUCCUGUUUGCAGAGUUGAUGGAUAAUUUAGCAGAUAAGGUCAGUCACAGAAAAAUAGUUAACACAUUAUCAGAAGCUACGCUGUACAGUAUUCACAGAAGCAAAAUGUUUAUCCCAAGUAUAAAAAGAAAUAACUUGAUUUAAAAAUAUUAAUUUUGUGCCUUUAAAACAAAAUACAAUUCAAACAACAUUUCCUCAGAGCUUCACCAGUGUUAACAGAAAUAUUUCAUAUUUGUCCUAAAGACUUCUUCAAAUUUUUGUUUUUGUUUUAAUGUUACAAAGUCAUAUAAUCAGGCAUAAAUCUACAUCACACAAAGAAAUUGUGAACACAAAAAUCUGCUUCAUUUUAUUAGGGUUUAUUUAUGAAAAGAUUAAACACGAUAAUUGCACAAUACAUUUUAAGUGGAAGAAACAAUUUUCCAAAUUGUAAAUACAUUUAUAUCCUUCUAUAUAAUAUGUAUGAACAUCUGAGAGCCACUUUGCGCUGUUGCGUUUACAAUCCCAUCUCAUCUGGAUUCUUUUCACUUGAAACCCUUUGAAACAUUUAACAGCCCAAUCGAUGCAGUUAAUAAUUUUCUCUUUUCUGAGGUCAGAGGUUACCUGAGAAAACAUUUUGAGGUCCCAGGGCUGCAUGUGAAGGCUUAGUGAUGCCUUUGAUGUGAAA